GUCCUUUUAAGAUUUCUUGGAAAUUUUAUAUGCAUUGUUUACUGAUAAAGUGAGUGCAUGUGUCCCUGAUCAGUCUUUAGAAUGUUAAAACAGAUUGCAUAACAGGAAAUUAAGGAAGUAAACAUACUAUGGGAAUCCCAUUUUCUACAACGCAAUGUUUUGAGACCAAGAAAACAUUGUUGUAAAUCAUUUCACAUCAUAGUUGGAAGCUAUUCUACACAGGAGGGACAUUCUUAACCUACCCGGAUUAGUACCUUUAGGCUUGUCUAUUUUAAAAGCUUCCUUAACGGUCACUGUCCUGAAUGGUAGGAUGCUCUGGAAAAUCAGCGUUUGGAUCCUAUUAGUUCUCUCCCAAGUUGGAAUCUUGGAAUCUGAAGGUAAGGAAAAUAUGUUAGAUUGCUCACAGGUCAGUAUGAAUAAGACAUAGAAAAUCUAUGUCAAUUUUAUAUUGGUACGUGAAAAUAGAAGAUGAAGUCAAUUCUACCAGGCUUUUACACGCACUGGUACUUUUACAUUACAUUUUUCAGAUGCCAAUGAUAGCACAUACAAUGACAGUUUUAUACGAAGAUGCUCAGAGAAGGUUCAUAAAGAAUGUUAAAGUAAAAAAAUAUAUAGCAAGGAUAAUAGCCUAAAACUUGGGUGUAUGGAGUCCAGGAGCUGGCUUAUAUUGAGGAUUCAAGUUCAGAGGUUGGGGUAAAUACAAUGGGUUAAAACAUAAAAUGUUAUAAAGUGAUAAACAUAUAUUAAAGGGACACUAUAGUCACCUGAACAACUUUUGCUUAAUGAAGCAGUUUUGGUGUAUAGAACAUGCCCCUGCAGCCUCACUGCUCAAUCCUCUGCCAUUUAGGAGUUAAAUCCCUUUGUUUAUGAACCCUAGUCACACCUCCCUGCAUGUGACUUGCACAGCCUUCCAUAAACACUUCCUGUAAAGAGAGCCCUAUUUAGGCUUUCUUUAUUGCAAGUUCUGUUUAAUUAAGAUUUUCUUAUCCCCUGCUAUGUUAAUAGCUUGCUAGACCCUGCAAGAGCCUCCUGUAUGUGAUUAAAGUUCAAUUUAGAGAUUGAGAUAUAAUUAUUUAAGGUAAAUUACAUCUGUUUGAAAGUGAAACCAGUUUUUUUUUCAUGCAGGCUCUGUCAAUCAUAGCCAGGGGAGGUGUGGCUAGGGCUGCAUAAACAGAAACAAAGUGAUUUAACUCCUAAAUGACAGGGAAUUGAGCAGUGAAAUUGCAGGGGAAUGAUCUAUACACUAAAACUGCUUUAUUUAGCUAAAGUAAGUUAGGUGACUAUAGUGUUCCUUUAAGAUGAAGAUAUUGUAUCUUUAAAAAUGUAUCUAAUAAAAUUAAAUUAAGGUUUGAAAUUAAACGUUAUGAAGUGAUAAACAUUUAUUGGAAUGUGGAUACUGUAUCUUUAAAUAAAAUUAAAGUUAAAACUAUAAAGUGCAGCGAAUGUAUACGGUGUUGGUAUCUAAAUCUCUGUAAUAAUACAGGAUAAAUGAUAGAAUGUGGAUCCACAUUCCAAUAAAUGUUUAAUUUCAAACCUUAAUUUAAUUUUAUUAGAUACAUUUUUAAAGAUACAAUAUCUUCAUCUUAAUAUAUGUCUUUCACUUUAUAAAAUUUUAUGUUUUAACCCAUUGUAUUUACCGCAACCUCUGAACUUGAAUCCUCAAUACAAGCCAGCUCCUGGACUCCAUACACCCUAGUUUUAGGGUAUUAUCCUUGCUAUUUAUCUGAUAGGUUUUGGUGAAUUCCUAUUUUUAUCCAGUGUGAGCAGCUUACUGCUAGUCCGACUCCCUCUCCUCUGUGUAUUGCAUUAGGCAUACCAGUAUAUUAUUCUUUUUUUAAAAAAUAUACACCCUAUAUGAAAAAUACUAUUUUGGUUCUUAAUAAAUUGCUUUGAUUUCACAACACUGUUUUGAAUUGAGAUCCCACCUAAUGUAAUAUCCUCGGAGUUCAGCAAAAUUAAUUAUCUGUGCUAUUUUUUAGCAUAUGCUAGUUACUUAAUUUUCUGGCACCAACAAUGUAUUAUUUCCAUUUAAAUUCAUUGCUAGGGUAGUUUAUAAGGGUAGUUAUGGUGACAAUUCUAAACUGCUUGAUUUGUGCAUUGCUGAUUUGAAACUGCAUUUGGAAGAUUAUUUGUUUUGUAAAGGAAAUGCUUAGGUAAGAGCAAUUUUUUUUUUAGUUUGUUCCCUAAAAUUAUUUAAAUGUUGGUCUUCAGCUCCUUUUAUUCUAUGUUGUAACAAAAGGGAAGUAUUACAUAACGAGAGUAAAACAUAAUAAAUUUCUUGCUGAUUGAUGGAAAUACAAAAUUUACAUGACAUGCGCAUAGUCGUCUCCUUGGCAUAUUCCAAAUAAACUCACCAUCAGACCACUCCCCAAUAAACAUGGACACCAAUAUUUCUUUGGAAAAUAUCACAGCUUUUAUUAAAUAUAAUUUUCACACGUAAGUUGAAUAAAGAAUAAAGGGGGUCAAAGUCAAACAAACACACUUAAAGACAUUGAAGCCCAAUACUUUUCCAAUGUAAACAUUUACAGACAAUGACACACACAGAAAUGACAGCAAUCUUAACAUAACAUUUACCAUACAACACACCAGUUACAACAGCCACCAAGAGCAUCCUUAACCACUUGUAGAGGUAUACUGAGAUACCGCUACACACCUAGGUUCAAAGCUACUGACAAGCUCGAACCUACCCAACAAAUGCAAAGCUAAUUAUUGCUCCUGAACUUGAACUUCCCUACCUUACUAAGCCAACGUACCCCAAUUAUCCUAUCUGUCCCCCGCCACAGCACAGCGCUUGACCCCUCAAGCUAUCUGAGCACCCCCCGGCCUGCCUCUAUCUUACCUGAAAACCCAAGUUCAAGAAGUCCGUGCCCACCUCAGAAAGAUGUAUGCCAUCAUAUUGGUAAUAGCCGGUGAAGCAGAUCUUCUAAAUCCUUGUGCCAAACUACAACACCCCCUGACCAAACCGCCAUUGACUGAUUGAUCUUAAUGCGACUUGUAGCUAUGGCCGCAGAGAAUCUAGCAAAUGCUAAGUCCCAAGUCAUUACCCCCAGCAUUGAUUUAAAUAAAAUCCGGUACAAUGCCUUGCCUAAUUCCUAAACAGUUCAGCACAGAUGUCCCCCCAACAAAAGCCACAGAAACUAAACCAAUGUAAUUCAAGUAAAUCACAAGAAAUAUCCAGCUGUCUGCCUUUUGGUCGAACUGAGCCUCUCUGUCCCACCCAGUAGACGAACGAAUGCCCUACUAUCAAGGCAAUUCGACCUAAAAUAGAAGAGAAAGAUAGCAUCAACACAUAAUAAGCACUUCCCCCCAGCCGACUACACUAACCAAUCAGGUAGAACAUAAGACCUGAACCUCACCAAUUCCCAUCACCCAAUCUUUUUAACAAGGUCAUCAGUAAAAAACAGCCGUGCCACUUCUGUUGCUGCCCCAAUCCGAAAUGAAUGUGUACCAAACUGUGACGAAUCUAGGCUCAAGUGAAAAAGACAGGAAAACUGAUAUUUGGAUAGAGGUGACCCAUCCUUUUGGAUGAAAAACGGACCACCCGUCUGCGAGCAAACCGCCAGAUACCGGGAAGCAGAGGCGGCUCUCUAAUUAGACUGUUUAGGUGGCCGCCUAAGGCCUUGCGCUGGCUGCCUAAACCGCCUGAGGGCCGACUGUGUCGGGUCCUUGGUCAGUGACUGAGGACCCAACCCCAGGAGUCGGCCCGGCGGCUUGCUCAGUAUGCUGCCGGGUGGGAGGCCCCUCCUGUCUGCCCAGCCAGCCAUUAGACACCGGUCUGCAGCUCUGCAGUGAUCAGAUUGUUGCCAUGGGUUACCACGGCGACGUUUUGAUGGGUCUCGCGAGAUUUAUGGUCUGCAGCUCUGCAUAAUGGCCACCGGACCACCAGGGAACAUCAUCCCCUUCACCCCCCUCUCACUCUCAACAUCACCCCUCUCACCUCAACAUCACCCCCCCCUCACUCAUCACCCCCUCUCACUCAUCACCCCCCUCUCCUUCUCAUCAUCACCCCCUCACUCACAGCCUCCCCAGACACACUGUUGGCAUCCCUCACACUGUCACCCCUCCCACACUGUUAGAUUCUUCAUGCAUCCACACUCAAAUUAACCACUCGUAAUCCUGUUAAUCUCACCCCCCUCCAAACUCACCCCCCCUCACUCUGCCACACUUACCUCCACUCGCCUUGUUCAAACCAUGUCAUACUCCCUACCCCUCAUUCUCUCUCACAACCCCCCCGUCCAUUAUGAGGGGGGGCGGGCGUUGUGAGAGAAACCAUGUCAUACUCCUUUCACCCUGUCAAACUCUCCCUGCCACUGGUACCACUUUACUCACCUUGACACAGUCACCAGCUGAAGACAUUCAUCAUACACACAGUCAAGAAACAUAGCUUUGCCAUAAUCACAAUGCACAAAGGCUACAGGCAGACGCACAUACACACAACACACUUCAAGCAGCUACCCCAUACACAUAGGGUCCCAGACAAAAAACGCAAACAUGCUCAGAGACAUACAUUCACACACACACACAGAUACUCUCUGCCAGACACACUCUCAGGCACAAACAUAGGUAAACUGUGCAUCAAUGUGUAUUUAGUGCAUGUAUUGCAACUCUAUUUUUUUCAAUUUUUUUGUUAGUGAGACCUCAUAUUUGAGUUUCGCUUAAGGCCUUAUAAAGUUUAGAGCCGCCUCUGCCGGGACAUGCCCUCGAGCUGGGUAAAUAAGACAAUUUAACCAAGCACCCCUUACUGAACACAUCUGUUUUCGCACGGCUGAGAUUAAUACUAACCUUAUCUCCCCAGACCCUCACAUCAUAAAUCAGAAUGCCCCCCUUCCGAUACCGGCUACUACUCACCAAUUCACUGAUACGAAAAGCUCCAAAAAAUGCCCAAACAAAUGCUAAGGAAAACAACACUUCGUAGUGAGAAAAACAAAGUCCCUGUAAUGCCUCAAGCAGCAGGAGAAGCAAAUUAAAGGAGAUCGGUCUCCUGGAAUCGGGAGCUUUUUUACCUUUACAGUAACCUUGGAGGGCCAGACGGACCAGAAAAAGCUUCGUCCAGUCUUCCCAUCCAUUUAAUUUGAAGAGGAACGCCAACGCGGCUAGAUUACGAUCCAUAAUCGACGGGGAGGCACCUGACACAAACAACCAUAAUAGAACAUCUAAACGUACCUCCGCGUAAUGAUUACCCUCAAUACAGCCGCACGCAGCAUCCCAUGAAUCCCGUACUUUACUGUACACACUCCACGUAUAAUUGGUGCCAAUGACUCUCUGAUUAGCCCUCCAAGCAUGAAGUCCCGAGACGCCACAGUUCGAUCGGGCAAGGUAUACCUUCUGCCUGGGCUUCCAGAGCUUGUGCAUGGAAUUUUGCCCACUGGAAACGAGAAAGUUAAUUUAACGAAUGCGUUCAAGAAGCCUGGCACAUGACGUGCAUGAAAAACAAUAUUAAAUUGCAUAGAAUGUAGGACAAAACAACAUAGCAGCCGAACCACUGGGACUGAAGGAGCUGACAAGUUAUUUACUGCGUCCACUGCCGACAUGUUAUCGGUGAAGAAGACAACUUUCUUGUCUCUCAAUAUGGGCCCCCACAGUGACAAGGCCACCAGUAAUGGAAACAUUUCUAAAAAUGUCAAGUUCCGAAUGAGUGUGCUAGCAGCCCAAGAUGAAGGCCAUUGUACAACACACCAUUGGCCAGCGAAGGAGGCGCCAAAGCCAACACUACCUGACGCAUCCGUGAACAGUUCCAAUUCAGGCAACGAGACUGCUGUAUCCUGAAAGAAGACCCGGCCAUUAAAAUCUCACAAGAUACACUCCCAAAUUCCCAAGUCCUCCUUCAUGGGACCCGACACCCUGAUGAAAUGAUCUGGCGACCGUAUACCACAGGUGGCUUUUGCCAAGAAUCUAUUGAACACCCCUCCCCCCCACUGGGAUCACCCGACAUGCAAAAUUCAAGCGCCCGAUUAGCGACCGCAGCGUGCGCAAGGUCACUUUUCUUAGACGCACGACCUCCGCAAUGACUUUCCUGCGAGUCACCAACUUAUCCUACGGUAAAUGGCAUUUGGCAUUCGCCUUCCACAGAGUAAAUUUCAAGGCCUAAGAAACUCAGACACGUCGAAGGCCCUACUGUUUUGUCACCCAUUCCAGUGUUCUUAAACCGAUCCUGCAGGUGUCGGAAUUUGAGGGACCGACACAUAAGAAGUUAUCCAAAUAAUGGACCACAAGUUUCGGGCCCGCCUGCCUCUUGAGAACCCGUUCUAGGAAGGUGCUAAAUUUUUCAAAGUGCGCACAUGAGAUGGAACAGCCCAUGGGCAGACAAAGAUCAACUUAGUAUUUUACCUUGAAGCAAAAACAUUGUAAAUGGUAAUACGUGGGAUAAAAGGGCAACAGGCGGAAUGUCGAUUCCACAUCAGCUUUUGCCAUCAGUGCACCCGGACCCGCCUUCCUAACCAACUUGACUGCGUGGUCUAAUGAUUCAUUGGAAAUUGAGCAGAGUGCCCCAUUGAUAUCAUCAUUUACUGAUGGCCCUUUAGGAUAAGAUGGGUGGUGAAUCAAGAUGAACUUUCUCGCUUCUUUCUUGGGCACCACGCCUAAGGUGGAAACUUGUAAAUCCUGGAUCGGCGGCUCCACGAAAGGCCCCACCAUACACCCCAAUUGUACCUCUUUAUGCAAUUUUUUGCGCACAUCUUCGAGGAAAUCAUUCACCGAACGCAGAUUAUGUAAACAACGAACAACUAAACGCCUCCGCUACUGGACCUGGAAGCACUCCGCUUGCGACUACUAGCCAUAAAAGGUGAGCCAAGGUUACCUAUAUCCUGGCCAUAAUUAGGGGAGACACUGUCAUUGCUGCAUUCCCUGCUCCCACGGCAGCUCCCGGUGCCUACCACCUCAGCCACAUACACUGGACCUUGGGGAGCUGAUGAAACACUCCUGAGUGUGGCUACCUCUGCCCACCAGUUUUCUUGUGGACCUAGGGUCACCCCCAUUGUCUAUUAUUUGUGGGGGCACCCUGUUGGGAUGUAAAGUUACUGUGCUAGUCUCUGUGCUCUGCCUGAAGUCGCCAUGCAGCAUUGUAGGGCUGUUUGGAAGCUGGGGGAAUAAGCCAUGGGGAGUUUAGGGCCCCCUGAGACAUUCCUGGCUUUGAAAUGGGUCCCCCCUGCUUUCCCCUCCCCCACCAUGUAAGUAUUGUCCCUGUUGGCCGACACACCCGGAACUGCCUGGGCUGAUUCCCUCUGUUUGCCGGCCCCUGCCUGCUUCCAUUGUGUUCUUAGCCUCCCAGGAGCGCCUCUGAUGGCUAGGGGCUUCCUAAAGCCGCAUUCCAGUAAUCCUUUGCAACCGCCUGAUAUCGCGGUGUCGUGUGAUCCUGGCCGCACACCUCUCUUUGCGGCGGGCCUCCAAUGUGUGGUUUGUCCGCGACCUUGGCGAGUAAGUACCUUCUCUCUCCAUCCUAAAUGCAGGGGGUCACUCGGGAAGGGGUUCUCCGCCAGAAUUGUAAUGGAUCAUCCCCAGGGCUGAGUCUCUGCGGCAGCAUAAUCCGUCGGGAUGUCCAUUGCGCCUGGAUCACCGCCAGGCCUGCUGCUCCAAUUGUAGUCAUCAAACGGUCCUGCAUCCGAGCCACACCAUGAUCCAUCACGGCCUCCCGGACACUGGCAAGGAAGGCCUCCACAUCGCGCUCUGCAUCCAUGGAACCUGAAAGACAAAAAAGAGAGAACUCCACACCCACAUUUUGCAGCAAAAACAGGUAAGUGGGAUUUAAAUUAGAAAGAGGGCUUUACCUAAAAUAGCCGCUAUUUAUAUGGCUAUAGGCCACCUCUUCCCAACUUCCCUAAUCCACUCCCACCAUUCCAUCUGCCUGCCUCCCAGCUAAGUCAAGGCCCACUCCACUUAGCUUCUUCAUCUACAGAUCACAAGGCAGAUGUUGGCAUGUUUUGUGCUCUGCAGUUCUGAGCAAUAAUUUUUUCACAAUUCUCCUGUUAUGUUUUUCUGAAUAGACAGAUGAGCACUGACAGACAAUACUCAAACUCAAUCCCAAAAUUCUGCAGGCACAAAAUUCACAAAUACAAGUAGUCUCUGAUCAAGUCCUUGUGAGGCACAAAACGCGUAGGCAUUGUAGUGACUGUGCCUUUCCCCUGCUCUAGCCACAAAUUUAAAAAGAAGCAAUAAGGAUACUUUGUUUUGAACUAGUUUUCUCCCUGCUUUUUUGGCUGUUUAUAUGUUGCAAAUACAAGUGGUACUUGUGUUGAUUCGAAUUUCCCCUCAAUUUCAGCUAAGGUUAAAGGUGCUGGUCUCAGUAAUGGUUUUGGGGUUUGUGGAGAUAAACAAGUGUAAUUAAGCACUUUUUUUGAACAGAACAUAAACCAUACCAUCGGUCCAUUUGGAUCACAAUUCAAGCUUUGUUUUAAAAAAAAUCCAUGUCUCGGAUUUUACAGGGCAACCAGAAGACAUACAUAAGACGUCUUGAGAGUUGUACCCCAACACGCAGGAAAGAGAAAACCCACAAAAGGUGGAUCCGGAAGAUGUAUUUCCGAGCCUUAGAAUGGCCAGAUUAACGUAUUAAUAUUGUGAGAUACAAGGUCAAGAAUAAAUCAAGGUCAGGAAUACAGAAAUCAUGAGUCACAUACCAAGCUGGGUCAGGAUACCAGAAAAUAGAUGUCCUGCCGCGCGGCCGCAUGGACCGGUCAGACCGUGCAGCAGAAGGAGGGCUGCGCAGCUCAAGGUAGGUGAGUAUUAGCUACAGUAGGACACGCUGGCGCGUGGAACGGUCGGACCGCGAAGCUCGAGGGAAGUGAGUACAUGCUACAACAUGCCCAUGAUAGUAUAUAGGUGCUCACUCUGUGGAUCUAAGUUCCCCCCAUUUUAGCCGUACUAUCUGACAGAAGGAUGAACACAGAGGAUCCAGAAAAAAAACGGAGCUAAGCCAACAGCUAUCCCUACACUUAAUACAUUACACUGUGUCAAACAUUGCUGACCAAAAUUGACAUCUAUUGUGUGGAAGUAACAAAUAUCAAUAUUAUCUGGUUUGAAUGCCAUUCAGUGCCUGAGUGACAGCAGAUCUACUCAUCCAAUUAAUGCCAUUAAAAUACAGAUGACACUACAGUUCCUAAUGUCUACCACAUUACUUAUAUAAACAGUGAAAUCCUGAUCCAAGGAUUGCCUGGAACGUAUGAAAUUAUUUUGCACAUAACCGGUGGAUAAUGUAAGGGAUAAGUAUAAACACUACUGCAAGCUAUAGUAUUUCUUUAAUAAACCAUUCCCCAUCUUCUCCACAUAAUUUAUUACCAUUAAAAAGUUUGUUUUAACUCCAAAGUUUAAGCCCUUAAUAAAGAUGUUAAAAAAAUGUUAAAUUCUUGAUAUGAAAAAGAGCUUUUGAACAUUCCUUAACAACCCUGUCUCUAGGUCCUAAGAACAAUUCAGACAAUAGGAGGCCAAAGCCCCUGGUUCCAAUAUAAAAAUAAUGCCACCCUAACUCCCCGGUAACUGUUUUAUUUCCCUCCCAAUGUCUAACCUGAAAUAUUCAACAAAAACAUGCCAAGAAAGCUCAUCUAUAGAACAAUCUAAGUUAAAGUCUAAAUGGUAUGAAAUCAAGAAGUAUUGAGAGUACUAGUUGCUUACUAGUUGUUCUUUGGCUGAAUAUGUAGAUUUUGAUGUGUGUAUCCUUGCUAGAUCCUCCAGGGAAGCUUGGGGUCCAGUGUUGGACUAUAAGUUAUCCAGAAAAGAUUCGAUGCACCUGGGACUUCAAACCCAAUGCAUACUUGCCUACCACCUUUAUCACUACUUACAGGUAAUAAACCUUUUCCAAAUGAUUCAAUACUGUUAGAACUUUCUAAAUGUAUAAUCUACAAAAAUUCCCAUAGCCUUCAAUGGUGACUUUUGUAGAUUAAUCAUUUGGAAAGUCGAGCAUAUUAUAUAAUCUUGUAUGGACACUAGACUGCAUUAUCUGGAGCUGAUCAGGCUACCAGACUAUGAUGAGUAUGUAGAUGUUUGCAAGUUGCAACCCAAGUAUAACUUCAUUUCACUAUGGGGGUUAUUUUAAUUUUUUUAUCCUCAGAAUGGGUUUGAUGAGUUCUGAACCACCGAAGCUGUGUGUCCAGUCUGAUCAAGAACCACAGAGCUGUUUGAUCACGGAUUUUCAGAUGUUUGCAGAUUACCCGUACAUUCUUAACGUCACAGCCAUCAGCCCACUAGGUGGCACCACACAGCUUUUUCCUUUCAUCGUGGAGGACAUUAGUGAGUAAAGCAUUUUGACCUGUCAUAGGAUAUAUGUUCUAAAAUUAAUAUUAAUGGUUUAUCUACUUUAAUGUAAAAUGCUCUAAUUUAUUGCUAAAACCCAUAAAAUUUUUACUUUUACAAGCAUGCUUGUUACAGUCUUUCAUUCAAUAGCUUAACAAAAAAACACUGGAGAAAUUUUCGAUCUUUAUUUGAAUGUGAAUAUAUUUAUUUUCAUUUUGUUCCCCUUUGUUUUCUAUAAUACUCGUGGACUCCUAGUACGCCCAGAUCCACCUGAGAAUGUCACACUGUCCAACAUAGUUGGGGAAAAAAAGAAGCUACUCUUACACUGGUAUCCCCCACGAUCAUGGUUGUAUCCAGAGCAAUUUCCUCUGAUGUACAAAAUUCGUUAUAAAAGGGCAGGUGCAAAGCAUUACAAAACGGUAAGAUACCUGUUAACAUUCACUAAAGAGAAUUUAAAGGGACGCUAUAGUCAGCAAAACAACUUUAGCUUAAUAAAGCAGUUUUAGGUGUAUAGAUCAAGUUUAAAUUUACUGCCAUUUAGGAGGGUAAAUCACUUUUGUUUCUGUUUAUGCAGCCCUAGCCAUACCUACCCUGGCUGUGACUGAAAGUCUGCAUGAAAACAGACUUGUUUGUAUCUCCUGCUCUGUAAAUUUCAGUUUAAUUACAGGAGGCUCCUUCAGGGUCUAGCAAUCUAAGAGAGCUGGAAAUAAUAAAUUCUAAAUUAAACAGAAUUUGCAAUUGAGGAAGUAUAACCAUUAGAUGACUUUACAGGAAGUGCUUAGGAAAGCUUUGUAAGUCAUUUGCAGGGAGGUGUGACUAGUGUUUAUAAACAAAGUGAAUUAACUCCUAAAUUGCAGAGGAUUGAGCAGUGAGACUGCAAUGGUAUUAUCUAUAUUACUGUUUCCUUAAGCUAAAGUUGUUUUGGUGACUAUAGUGUCCAUAUAAGGUCAAAAUAGCCAAACUGAAAGCAGAAUCGAUUUGGGGUUUUUACCCUCCUCCUAUCUUUAUUUAUACAGCUUAUGCUUUUACAACACAAGAAAAAUAUGAAGUUAGUGCAUAUCACAUAAAUGUAUUACAUUCUUACUUAACUGAAUCACCACUUUUUUUUUUAAUAAAGAAAAGUAAGAUAAAGUUGGUAAUUUCUGGAGCUAAAAGAGUAAAGGGACACUCCAGGCACCCAGACCACUUCUGCCCAUUGGAGUGGUCUGGAUGCCAACUCAUAACCCUGCAAGUGUAAUUAUUGUAGUUUUUAUAAACUGCAAUAAUUACCUUGCAGGGUUAAGUCCUCCUCUAAUGGCUAUCUUAGAACACGAAAAGUGUUUUAAACGACGCUGGAUGUCCUCAUGCUAUGCAUGAAGACCUCUAGCGUCACUGAAAUCCCCAUAAGAAAGCAUUAAAUAAUGCUUUCCUAUGGAGAGGUCUAAUACGCACGCGUGGCUAUUGCCGCGCACGCGCAUUAGGUCUCCCCCGCUGGCUGUCGGCGGGGGAGAAACAUGGGCGAAGCCUGACCCAGCUCCGAGGGAUAUCGGCGCUGGAAUCAGGUAAGUUGCUGAAGGGGUUUUAACCCCUUUGGCAACAUUGGAUGGAGGUGGGAGGGAGGGAGAGGGGCACUGCAGGAACCUGCAGUGCCAGGAAAACUGAUAUGUUUUCCUGGUACUGGAGAGUCCCUUUAAGGUUCACUUAACCCCUUAGUGACCAGACCGCUUUUAAAUGUUCUUACCGUUUGGGACCAAGGCUGUUUUUACAUUUCUGCGGUGUUUGUGUUUAGCUGUAAUUUUUCUCUUACUCAUUUACUGUACCCACACAUAUUAUAUAACGUUUUUCUCGCCAUUAAAUGGUCUUUCUAAAUAUACCAUUAUUUUCACCAUAUAAUAUAAUUUACUAUAAAAAAAUGAAGUGAUUAAUUUUUUUUUUUAAUAAACCAGUUUUUCGAACUUUGACCCCCAAAAUCUGUUGCACAUCUACAACCACCAAAAAAUCCUGUGCUAAAUAGUUUCAACUAACAUGUUCUUAGCUUUUUUUGGAACGAUAUGGGGCUAUAAGUACACACUUUGCUAUUUCCAAUCCAUUUUCUUCCCCCAAAGUUAAAAGAAGUUACAUUGUAACACGGCUAUCUGCCAGAAAUCCCUGAAUAACCCUUCACAUGUAUAUAUUUUUAAAAAGACAACCUAAGGUAUUAAACUUAAGGUAUUUUGAUUAUUUUAAGGCAACCAUUUUACCACCAAUUUAUGCCAAAUUUAAAAAUAAAAAAAAAUAAUUGGUGAUUUUUUUUUUUAUCACACAUGUAGCAAUUUAAGAAUACAUGUACUGAGAACUUUAAGGGUUACUGCCAAAGAACACCUCAAUAUGUGUUCAGCAACAUCUCCCGAGUACAGUGAUUACCCCCCCCAUGUAUAGGUGUGUCGGGUUCUCUGGGAGAUAAAAAACCUUAUUUAGAGGGUGCGCAUUCCAACUUGGAAUUUUCACAGCUGGUCAUCAUGUACCCAUGUCCUAUUUGGGACUUUUUUGAAGCCAGGCAAUGAAAUUUACCCACAUCAAUUUUUUGAAAAGUAGACAACCCAGGAUAUUCAAUAUGGGUUAUGUCCAGUCUUUUUUAGUAGCUAUUUAGUCACAAACACUGGCCAAAGCUAGCAUUUAUAUUUGUUUAGGUAUUAAAAAUACAAAAAACUAUUAUGAACGCUAACUUUGGCCAGUGUUUGUGACUAAGUGGCUACUAAAAAAGACUGAACAUACCCCAUUUGCAAUACCUUGGGUUGUCUUCUUUUGCAAAUGGUAUGCCAUCAUGGGGGUAAUUCUCAUUCCUGGGCUACCAUAUGCUCUCAAAGGCAACAUAAUCAAUCUGGCAAUUUUUAAUGGAAAUGAGAGAUAGGAACAGAAGCAACAAAUAUCGGGUUGCUAUUGAGAAGUGGGGGGUAACCCCUAGUGGCUAUAGAAAAGGGAAAAGAGAGAAACUAAGCAAAAACAGAGAAACCAAGGGGUUAAUAUGUGUCAGUCCCAAAGGUUCCCUGUAGUUGCAGUGCAACCCAAAAGAAAAUAAUUUAAAAAACUAACUUUUAAUAAAUUCCUUCUAAAAAUUCAAAACAUAGAAAAUAACUGAUGGUAUCACAAAAAAUAAUAAAAAAAGGGAAAGAGAGGAGAAAGUACUUGCAGAAUGACUAGGUAGUACCCAGAGCAAGAGAGAGAAAGGGAUUGCCUAAUAAUACUUGAAGACAUCCAGUAAUAGCUAUUGUAAAAGGAGGUCUAAAGUAUAUCUUGCUGUGAAACCUAGUAUAAUGAGUACUAUCUCCUAACUCCCAUGACACUCAGGUUUAGAACACCUGCCUGAAUGUAAACAGAGUGAAACCUCAAUAGAAGGUAAGCAGAGGUACAAAUCAAAAUAUAAGUAAAAAAAAUAAUAAGUAAAGAGAGGGUGGUCUGCUAAGAAUGUCCUGUAAAAUCUAAACUAGUUCUAGCAAAUUAAAUUCUCUGGACUUUCUGUCUGGGUUGUCAGGCCAGUCCCCCAAAUUGCAGCCAAAAUAAUUACUUAAAUAUAUAUAUACUUAUUUACAUAUUUGAAGUCUUUGAAGAACUUUAUCUGACCUAUUAGAUUUACAACCAUUUCAUUCUACUACCAACACCGUAAUUAAAGUGGCCAUGUACAUAGCCUUCUACGGCUUUCUCAGGCCAAGAGAGUUUACUACCAUCACCACCACUCAGACAGAUAGAUAGAUGUCUUCAAAGAUCCCACCUACGCAAACACAUGGAUCACUACAUAUUGGCUCUACCACUUUCCAAAACAAGCCAACACUCACCACCGGUAGAAAUUACUUAUCUAACCCACAAUAAAUGGUGGCCAGUUGCGAUCCUAGAUUCAUACCUGCAAAACCCUACUUUACCACCAUCAAAACCAUUAUUUGUAUUACAAGGCUCAGUGCUUACUACAGCUACAUUCAUGAGAUAUAUAAGAUCUGUUUACUCUUCUACCUACUCGGGUCACUCCUUCCAUAUAGGGGCGGCUUCCACAGCCUCCAGCGCCAACAUACCAGUGCACUUUAUCAAAUCACUGGGGCAAUGGAAAUCUUCUGCUUACACAUGAUACAUACCCAAACCAGUACAAUAAAUGACUGGUUCAUUUGUAUGUAUUUGAUGACUGAAUUAAAUUUUGAUUAUUCACUUUUUGCCCUCUUUAUUUACAGGCCUACCGUAUCGUCGGUCCCGGCACACCACAACCGACUUGCUCUUCUACACUAUCCUACGCGUAUACUGGAACUUUACUCCUUAUACGGCUAUGUGCCCCUAACACAAAUAUAUAUAAUAUAUAUAUAUAUUUAUUUAUUUUUUUCAUUCUAAGUGUAUUUUGAUAAAUACACUGCUCCAAAAAAUAAAGGGAACACAAAAACAACACAUCGUAGAUCUGAAUGAAUUAAAUAUUCUUCUGAAAUACUUUGUUCUUUAGAUAGUUGAAUGUGCUGACAACAAAACACAAAAAUUUAAAAAUGGAAAUCAAAUUUGGAGGUCUGGAUUUGGAGUCACAUUCAAAAUUAAAGUGGAAAAACACACUACAGGCUGAUCCAACUUUGAUGUAAUGUCCUCAAAACAAGUCAAAAUGAGGCUCAGUAGUGUUUGUGGCCUCCACGUGCCUGUAUGACCUCCCUACAACGCCUGUGCAUGCUCCUGAUGAGGUGGCAGAUGGUCUCCUGAGGGAUCUCCUCCCAGACCUGGACUAAAGCAUCUGCCAACUCCUGGACAGUCUGACGUGGUGCAACGUGACGUUGGUGGAUGGAGCGAGACAUGAUGUCCCAGAUGUGCUCAAUUGGAUUCAGGUCUGGGGAACAGGGGGCCAGUCCAUAGCAUCAAUGCCUUCGUCUUGCAGGAACUGCUGACACACUCCAGCCACAUGAGGUCUAGCAUUGUCUUGCAUUAGGAGGAACCCAGGGCCAACCGCACCAGCAUAUGGUCUCACAAGGGGUCUGAGGAUCUAAUUUCGGUACCUAAUGGCAGUCAGGCUACCUCUGGCGAGCACAUGGUGUUAUGGACAGAAGAAUUAAAAUAAAAUGGCUAUUUACUAAUGUCUAUUUAUUCUGUGUUCACUAUGUUAAAACUGGCUGCUAGAGUAAAUAUUCCCUUCCCUGUGUUCAGUCACUAUUUGCUCUGCAAAUUCCUCCCAUCCUGCUAGCCUCCCCCCUUCCCAUCGGGCAAGCCUCAUGUAACAAAUUCCUGUGUUAAAAGAACAGCUUCCUUUAUUAAACUCCUCCCCCACUUCCUUUGUGCAAAGUAACAGCUAUGUGCCACGUGUAACAAAAUGGAGAAUCACUGUUAAAGUAACUACUACUCACUUCCCCCCCUCCCAUCGUGUAACCAAUAUGGAGCCGAAAUAUGGGUGGGAGAACUCUGUAAUGACGACACUACAUCCUUUAGGGGGUGUUUAGACAAGACCCCUUAGACUUUUAACCAAUUAAUGAAUGUAUACUGUAUGUUAACUGUGACUCUGUACAUGACGUAUUUCUGGUUUAAAAGGGAAUUGCACACCCUGGAAUAAAGGCCACUCUGAGUUCUUCAUAAACCUGCAAUGUGUCCGGUGUGAUUUACUUCCAGAAGACAUGCGCUCAAUCAAUUUAGAAAGGAGUAGAUAGACAAAUAAUCAAAGUUUUCUUUGGUAUCUAAAACAAUGGAGGGCUGUGCGGCCCCCUCAAAGAAAUGUCACCCCACACCAUUACUGACCCACUGCCAAACCAGUCAUGCUGGAGGAUGUUGCAGGCAGCAGAAUGUUCUCCACGGUGUCUCCAGACUGUCAUGUCUGUCACAUGUGCUCAGUGUGAACCUGCUUUCAUCUGAAUAGCACAGGGCGCCAGUGGCGAAUUUGCCAAUCUUGGUGUUCUCUGGCAAAUGCCAAAGGUCCUGCGUGGUGUUGAGCUGUAAGCACAACCCCCACCUGUGGACGUCGGGCCCUUAUACCACCCUCCUGGAGUCUGUUUCUGACCGUUUGAGCAGACACAUGCACAUUUGUGGCCUGCUUGAGGUCAUUUUGCAGGGCUCUGGCAGUGCUCCUCCUUGCACAAAGGCGGAGGUAGCGGUCCUGCUGCUGGGUUGUUGCCCUCCUAUGGCCUCCUCCACGUCUCCUGCUGUACUGGCCUGCCUCCUGGUAGCGCCUCCAUGCUCUGGACACUAUGGUGACAGACACAGCAAGCUCGCAUUGAUGUGCCAUCCUGGAUGAGCUGCACUACCUAAGCCACUUUAGUGGUAGCAUGAGACAGAGUCGACAACCCACACGAGUGAAAGCACCGCCAGCAUUCAAAAGUGACCAAAUCAGCCAGGAAGCAUAGGAACUGAGAAGUGGUCUGUGGUCACCACCUGCAGAACCACUCCUUUAUUGGGGGUGUCUUGCUAAUUGCCUAGAAUUUUCACCUGUUGUCUAUCCCAUUUGCACAACAGCAUGUGAAAUUGAUUGUCACUCAAUGUUGCUUCCUAAGUGGACAGUUUGAUUUCACAGAAGUGUGAUUGACUUGGAGUUACAUUGUGUUUGAGUGUUCCCUUUAUUUUUUUGAGCAGUGUAUAUUAAUAUCAAAAUACAGUUAGAAUAAAAUUACAUAUAUACACAUUUGUCAUUUUUAAAAUUAUUGAAACAUUUUUUACAAUAUAUUAUGUGUCAUUUUACUCUAAAUGUAUUUUUAUAUUACUAUAUGCAUACAUUAAUAAAAAUUACACUUUGUAUGACAUUAUAUAUGAUAAUGCAUUGAAUCAAGGAGUGGCCACUGGAAGUGUCCUUACGCUGUAAUGUGAACACUGAAGAGACAGUGUUUACUGCAAAAGUCCUGCAGGGACUGACUAUACUCACCAUAACAAAUACAUUAAGCUGUAGUUGUUCUGGUGACUGUAGUGUCCCUUAAGGCUGAGGCUAACGUGAUCAUAAAUGCCCCUGAGUGAGUCGUGUUAAAGCUCCAAUAGUUAGAAAGUACCCCUAACCAACGGUGGUAAAAGGAGGGGGUGGUGUGAGUUGCUACAAGGAAAACAUUACCAUGCAAGUGAUAGUUUUUCUGGUUUGGCUAUUUAGGUCUACAUUUACUCUCAAUUGACAAUUCUCACUUAUGCACAGAUUGACUUAUUUAAUAAAUAUUGUAAAGCGCUGCGGAAUCUGUUGGCGCUAUAUAAAACGGCAAUAAUAAUAAUAAAUCUUUAAAGACACAAAUACUCAAAGACAAUUUUCUCAAUCUGUUAAUUUUACAGAUUGGUCCAUAUGAUUUUACAUCAUUCAUUCUGAAGGGAUUGAAGCCAGGUUCAUUUGUAGAAGCUCAAGUGGCAGCAAAAGAUUUCACGGACUACGGCAAUUACAGCGAGUGGAGUUUAGUUGCAACAGGAAAACCACGGUGAAGGUCGUGAACGGAUGCUCCAAACAUGGAUGAAUUAUAAUCUAGUUUAAAUCUGUGUGCUUUUGAUUGCAUUUCAUAACUGAUGCUUGCUAUUGUGCAUACCCAACUCAGCAUUCCCUGGUCUGCUCAUACCAUUGCCAUACUAAAAAUGUAUCUGGAAACAUUAAACUCAAAGAACAUAACAGAAGUUCACUAUUAUAAAUCUUAGGGGCACAGUCAGAUCUCUAAAAGAGACAGUACCUUAAGGGUUAUUAACUACAGUGAGAAUUCAUAGUGAGUUUUAAACUUGAGGCCAGAGUAGCUGAAUUGAAACAAUUUUUCCAGUUUGCCUAUUUUAACCUUAACCGCUUCACCUCAUCCAUACCCCACAAUCAGGUGUACACGAUUUGCAUAAUUGCAAACAAAUUUUGUUUGCAAGUUAUGCCUUUAACCAGUCCUGAAAGUCACAGCUCGGGGGCAUUAAAAACUGCUCGCUUUAGCAGCUCCUCAACUCUGCUACAGUUCCUGCCUGAUGGGAGGGCGGUGGGCUGCAUCCUCUCCCCUCCGAUUUUGGGGGGUAGAUAUAUUACUACUAUAAUGGAUAUUGUCUGUUUUCUCAUAUGCAUGUUACAAGCCUCCAUACCUGAGCGGCGGGUGGGGACCCUAAAGUAAAAUAAUGGGGGGGCCCCGGCCCCCAAGCCUGGCUGGUGGGUGGGGGCCCUAAAUUAGAAUGAGGGGGAGACCUAAUGUCCUCCUCCCUGUCCCCAACCCCUGAGCGGUGGGUGGGGGCCCUAAAUUAGAAUGAGGGGGGAGGUGAGUGGUGGGUGGGGGCCCUAAAGUCCUCCCCCAUGGCCCCCACCCCUGAGCGGUGGGUGGGGGCCCUAAAUAAAAAAAAAUAACCCCUCCCUCCCCCGGGUGACUAGGGGUCCCCAAGCCCCUAGUCACCCCCCUCCCCCAAAAAAUUAACCCCAUCCUCCCCCUCACCCUAAAAAUAAAUUAGGGGGGACCAUUUAACUAAGUACCUGAAGAAAAAAAAAUCCAAAAAACCUUACCAUUUGAUGUUUUCUUUUUUCUAAAAUCUUUUUUCAGACCCCAAAAAGGCUAAAUAAAAAGCCAUAUUAACAAAAAAACAGAACACAAAAAAUAAAUAAAUUAAUCCAUCUUCACCUGGCGAGGGCUCCGCAGGGUGGGGGAAGGCUUAUAAAGCCUUGCCCCGCCCUGCAAUUAGGCUCAGAGCACUUUGAUUGGUGGGUUUAAGCCACUCAGAGUGCUCUGACAGGUAAGUCUCUACAUUUACCUGUCACAGCACUCGGAUUGAUGGAUUUCAAACCAACCAAUCAGAGUGCUCUGUGUCAUUUUACACAGCGUGGGAAAGUUCUUUGGAAUUUCCCCAUGCUGUGUAAUUUGACUCAACACUCUGAUUGGUGGAUUAAGUAGCGAGUAGGGGCAUCAUUUACUAAUACUAAGUAAUGUUUACUUAGUAUUAGUAAAUUUGGCUGAAAGACCAAUUUAGGUCUUUCAGCCUUUUAGUAGAUAGCUCUCUAAUACCGUGGGAAUUAGGGAGUUACCUACUUAUUCAUUCCUGUCAUUACAUGACUGGCAAGUGUUGCAAAUGCUUACAGCUAUGUUUGUAUGCUUUUUAUUUAAAAUUGUAUACAGUGUAACAUUCUUCUUCCACUGGGUAAGUAUAUUAGUACUUAGGCAAUACUGUGCUUCAGAACUUCAGGACCUUGGUAAUUCAGCACUUCGGACAUUCGGAAGUACCUGAAUGUCUGAAUUGCCCGAAAUUCGUCCGAAUUCAUAUUCGGCCCGAAGUGAAUUGCACAUGUCUAUUAAAAUUAAUUGCCAAAGACAGCAAGACCAACACCCUGAAAAUGUUUAAAGUACAUUAAUGCCAAAAAGGCAAAGAGUGAAAGUGUUGGUACAUUGGAAUCUGAGAUGGGCAAGUUCAUCAAGGAGGAUCAGGACAAUGCAAUUCUAAAUAUUUUUCUUCACUAUAUUGGGAAGAAGAAUCUAUGGAUGUAGAUUUGAAAAUCCAUUACAAAAGCCUUACGACAAACAGGUUUCUUCAAAAAUUAAAGUUAAUGUAAACAAAGUCCCAGGGCCAGAUGGUAUUCCCCUACGAGUGAUUAGGGGACCUGUGUGUAGAAAUAUCCAUACUACCGUUUACAAAGUAUUAAAAAACUAAACCUAGAAACUAGAGACCUGUGAGAUUAACAGUUAUGCAAGAAUUAAUUUUGAACAAUAAAAUCAGCAGGCAUUAACACAUGUCAUGCCAAAACUUAAAGGGACACUGCAGGCACCCAGAACACUUAAUUUCAUUCCUGUCCCCUUAACACUGCAAUGUAAAACAGCUGGUAAUAAAAAACAAGGGCUAUCCAAAUAUUGACGUGUAUAUGAUUUCAAUAAGUAUAUAACCUCUUCAUUAUCUGCUGCUUCUAUAUAAACAUUUCAAGUGAUGAGUUUACACAUGAUAUUUGAUUUCAAUUUCCUUUUAUUUAAAUGUUAUUUUCUAUAUUUUUUUUAAUUAUUUGUAUUUGUUAGAACUGUAUAAAAUGC